AUACAUCAUACUGCAGAAGGCAAACAAUUAUUCCUCCUGUCCCUUGAGAUCGGAUCUGUUUCCCGUACUAAAUUAUAUUAGCCGACAUGCAAUAUGAUCGCUCAGCACGAUCUGCAGAACCCGAUCUAGAAGUCUCCUUGCAUGUAGAAUUUCCCGAAAAAGCCACUGGACCAGACUAGCAUCUAAUAAUAUGCAACGAUCUGGCUGAUCAACACCAGACUUCAUGACGGUGAGGGUCGAUGGCAAUAUACUAGUUGCCUUGUUCUAUGAUUUCUUUGCUAUAUAAAUGGGUUCAUACUUCCAGCUCUUGAUCAUUGUUCUCUACACUCUACACUCAGAUUACUUUCCAUCCCAACAUACAACCACCAAAAGCCAACCAUUAAUCUUCUCUGAUCACCAUGAAGUUCUCUGUUCUUUUCACGGCCCUCUUUGCAGCCCUCGUCACAGCUGAACACGUGAAAGGCAGUGGCAAAGUGUCUGCACAUGGAAAGCGCCUGGAUCUUGAAACGUGCCACACCAAUGAUGCCCGCGAUUGCUGUUCCGCUUGCUGGGAGGCUUCUCAGUACCAUUUUAUUGACAUCCCGGAGUGCUGCGGCAAGUGUGGCUGCUAAGGGAUCACUUAAGACAAUUUACUUGGGAGACUGGCAAUCAUUCAUACCAGGAGAUACACCACUAUGUGCUCUGUGAUCCAGCAGUCAUCUGUCAAAUUACUCGUUUCAUCAUGUCUUGGCUUAGGUUUUCCCUACUGGUGAAGGUUUCCCUAUGCUGUUAUGCGAAUGCAAAGGCUUGAUCAAUAUUGAAUUCAUG